UAUUCAAAAAAAAAAAAGUUUGUACUUAGAAAUUGUCCCCCCUUUCUUGAAAAAAAAAAAAAAAGAGAGAGAGAUCAAAGUCAAAAAUAAGUUUGGGGGUGCCAAAAAAAAAUAUGCAUGUAUAUAUAUAUAUUAGUAAAUAAUUAAAGCUAGUGGCAAGAGUUAUAUUUGGUUUGUGGGGUUUCUUUAGGGAAAAAUUUAUUGUGCAUUGCCUAGGUCCUAUAAAGAUCAAUGUGUUUAGGGUGGUUCGAACCGAAAUUAAUUUUCCUUAUCCUACCUUCACCCUAGCCUAUCAUUACAAGCUUGGCUAAGUCCUAUUGAUCCUUGGAGUGGUGUGUGUCUACAUUAGUGGAGAGAAAGUUGUUAGGUAACCUAUGGAGGCAUCAUUUGAACUUGAGGACCAAUGUUUAGUUUAAAUGUUAGUUGAGCGAAAUUGUUUAGGAGAAGCUAUGUUUAAAAAAAAAAAAAAAAAAGAGAGGGGCACUUGACACCUACUUUGGGCAGCGGCAUUUAAACUUAAAGAAUUUGGUUUAACGCUUGAGCAAGAUCUUCAUUCAGUUGCCUUUUGCAGAACAUUAUUCCUGAGAGUUAUUUCCCCUAGGUGUGUGCAUUGACAAGACAAGUUGCAUCCUGUUUUUGUUGAAUAUCUUUGUUCAGUUCAGUGACGUUUGUUUUGAAAAUCUGUGAGCUGUUUGUUGUUCUAGUUGUUGUGGUUUUGUUCUCAUCACUCGAGGACGAGCAAUGUCAUAAGUUUGGGGGUAUUUGAUAACUCUUGAGUAAAGAGUUAUUUGAUAUCACUUUAAGCAUUUUUUUUUUAUGUAAUUGUGUGUCAUUUAAGUUAUGUUUGUCUCUUAAUUUGUGAAAGUUUCAGUGUUUUAUGUUUGUGUGUGUAUUUUGAAGUUGUUAGUUAAAAUCAAUAACUCUUGUGCAUAAAUUGGCAAAGAAAAUAGCAAGUUAGUCAUGUUCUUAAUUUUGCUGAAAUUCUGUGAAGUUUUUGCUGCAGCAAACAGAUUAGUGGCUGAUGUGUUUUAUUUUCUUAGAAAAAGGGUGAGUUGGCAUUUCAUUAAAAGAGGUGGCAUUUGUGGAGAUGACGUGGCAAUAUAAGAGUGGUGGCUGGAGCUAUUACAUGGAGAGGCUAUCAACAUGUCAUGUGUAGGGUUUAUUUGGGGCAAAAAGGUACUAAACCUAAGGAGAUUGGAAAGAAAAAGGGGCCUCCAUUUAGAGAAAAAAGGGGGCUGAACGAAAAUAGAGCUUUUGGGCUGCCAUUUUUAUACAGAAAAAAAGAAGAUUGAAAGAAGAAGAAGAAGAAGGAGGAAAGAGGAGAAGCACAACAAGAUUCAACAUCCAUCCCUUUGGAAAACUCCUCUAUUAUUGUUUGCUAUUUCUUUCUUCUCUCUUUUAAUUUCUUUAACUUAACAUUCAAACUCCAUGUCUAAAUUUUAUCUUGUAAUGGUGGUUCUUAAGUUAGCUAUGAGCUAAACUUUUUAAUGGUUUGAAUUGUUGAAGAACCCUAUGUUUAGUUGAGUAAUUUUCUUAUGCAAAUAUUUAGUAAAAAUUCUCAUGUUCAUUCAAGUGUGUGUAUUGCUAAUUUCUUGAUAUUGUUUGGCCACCAAUAGCUUGAUUAUUGAGUUAUAUUUAAUUCUGGAAAGGUUAAAUAUAAUGGACUUAGCUUGAAUGACACAAGUUCUUAAUCUUUUUUAGAUUAGAUUUGAAAUAACAUAGGAAUAUGUUAUAUCCUUGUGUAACAAUUGAGAACUAUGCUUGAAAUGGUAUUCUUGAGCUUGCUUGGCAUAGGAAUAUGUUUGAACAGGUCCAAGGAUUGAUUGCAUAAAAUUUGGAAGAGUUUUGUGGACUUUAAUGGUGUUUUUGUUAACCUGGGAUUUUUGCUAAAGAUUUGCUAACUUUUUGCUGCAGCAAAAACGCACAGUUUUUGCUAAACAUAGGGGGAUUCAAUAGUUCAAGCCUUUCACAUUUCAAAAGCUUACAACUAAAUUUUAUUUUCAUCUUGCAUCCACUUUUGAGUUAAUUUACUUGUUUUCUCGUUUAUUUAGUUGAUUCAUUACUCAUUUAAUUUUGCUUUUUAGGCAUUUUUGCUUGGUAAUUAACUUUUGCAAUAGAAAUUUUAUUUUUACAGUCCUUGUGGAGACGAUACUCAUUACUUAUCAUUGUAUUACUUGUUUGUGACUGCGUACACUUGCGUAUCUAAUUUUAACACAACAAUAGUCCCUAAGGUCGCCAUUUUUGUAAGUCCGUUGGUUCUCAAUUUAACAGAUCUAUUAAAUACGGAUAAGAAUGCCACGUGUUUAAAUAUUAUUGGACCAACUCAUAAUUUUAAUUAAAAAAUAAUUUUAAAUGAUUUAAAUAAUGAAUAAAUUAUUAACAAAUAAAAAAUAAAAAACUUUAAUAUUUUUUUAUUUCCUUUUUUCUUUCCAUUUAUUUUAUCUGGACUUAGUCUCCUUCAUCAAGCACGCACCCACAGACCUUUCUUCAUCAACCAACAAUUUUUUUCUUGCAAGUUGUAUUUCAAAUCUUCUUUCUUUCUUGCCUUCCACCACCACUUAUUUAAACUCCAUACUGGAGGUUGGCUCUCCGGACUUCGAAAUUGCCCAGGUCGAAGCCAUGGCGGGUGAGGCUUCGACAACGGGGAUAGCUACACACAAGGGCCAAACAUCACGGGCAGAGAGAAGCGGUAGAUCUGUUCAGAUCUUGUCGACGGCGAGUGGCGGUAGUCCACCUUUUCUGGUCAGAUCUCGCCGACAGAGACUGCCAUGGAUGAUGACAGUGACGACCACUCUCUGAAUCUCACUCCUACGCCAUCAUCGACGCCCACCGCAAGAAGAGGGAUGACGAAAUUGAGGCUGGGUAGUGGGUACCAAAUCUUUUAAUGUCAGUUAUUUUUUUUUUUUUUUUUUUUUUUUUUCUGGGUUUUGUUUUGAAAAAAUUAUUAGAUCUUGUUGUAUAUAAGUUGCAAAACCCCAAAGAACAGAUUUGGGCUUUUGAAUUCGAUGGUAUGUCCCUUUACCAGAUUUGAGAAUUGUUUUUUUUUUCUUAAAAAAAUUGGUACAAAUUUAGUUUCAUUCUAGUGGUUUGAGCUAUGGUUCUUGACCUUGGAUGAGCUAUUUGAAUUUUAUUGUGCAAUUUCAGAUCUGAGUUUUUACCCAGCUUUCUUGAUUGGUUAUAACAAAUUUUGAUGAUUGAAUUUGUAAUUGGUGGUUGUGGUGGUACUAUGAUGGUCAUGGUAGUAUAAUGUGUAAAGAAGAUUGAAGAAAAAAAAUUAAAGAAAAACCAUCUGGAAAAAGGAAAAAUAAUUGGAGAAGAAUUGAGAAAAAAAAAAGAAAAAAGGAAAAAAAAAUUAUUAUUUAUUAUUUUAAUUAUUAUUAUUUUUUAAUAAUUUUUUUUUGAAUAAAUUAUUUAUUAUUUUAAUUUUUUUUAAUUAAAAUUAUGGCUGGCCCAAUAAUAUUUAAACACGUGGCAUUCUUGUCAGUAUUUAACAACUCUGUUAAAUUAGGUACCAACGGACUUACGAAAAUAGCGACCUUAGGGACUAAUGCCGCCAAUUUUCGAGGUUGAGGAUUAAUCUACAUCAACUCUAAACUUUUGGGGACUUUUACCGCAAUUAUCCCUUUUAACAAUAAUUUUUUUUUCCUUUCCGCUAGUUUAUAAUACAUAAAUAACAAUAAAGAAUUAUUAUCAUAAGUUUCUUCCAAAAAAAAAAAAUUAAGUAUAUCUAAAUUAAUUAUAAGGAUUGGUUUGGUUUGAACCUCUAUCGGAAUUUUUAAAAUCGUGACCGAAUCAAAGAAUUUUAAAUGGUCUUGACCAAAAAAAUUCAUAUCAGAUUCAUUUGGUCCGAUCUCAAAUGGUUUGGUCCGAAUCGAUUGGUUUGAAACCACAAAUUGCGAAUUAUAUCAACACCCCUAAUUUUUAUACUAUUUUUCCAUCUUGUUUUCAAUUUUUCCUAUUUUAAGAAAUAGUCAUAUUUUUGCAUAAAAAAUGUGUAAUUUCCACUCAAGUAUAUUGAAUUUAUUACCAAUAAAUAUUCAAUGUGAGAAAAAUACAGAGGCUGCCCAUGUCCAACUAUUGAAAAUAUUUAAUUUUGAAUUAUAUUUAAUUAAGACACUAACCUCUCUCAUUCUCAUUUUCAUUUCCUUUGUAGAUGUUGUGGACGAGGGAGCAGUGCACCUCAGUUUGUCCUCUCUUCGUCCAUUUGCUAUGACAAUAAGAAGUUUAGAGUAAGGAUUUCAGUGUGUUUUUCGUGUUGCUUAGAUUUAGUGAAAUUCAAUUAAUUAAUGGGCGAUUACAUAUAUUUGAAGCUAAUAAUGAGUUUGAAAGUUGAUGUUGUAAAAAUUAGAAAUUUUUACAUGAAAAAUCCAUUUUACACAAUUUAUUACAAAAUUACUCACACACGCCUAUUACUACAUUUUUACUUACAAAGUUGUUUUUAUUACACAUUUACCACUUACUCAUCAUUCCAUGCAUACACGUGUGCUCUCCCUAUCCAUCAUCAAUCAAAUCCUACUCUCUUCCCUCUCUUUUUUCAUUUUCUUUUCAUUUCAUUUUCGAUUCUUCAUUUCUGUUUUCUAAGUUCAUUUGAAUUCAAGUAACCUCCAUUAACCACCCAUAAUUUAUCACGUUUUUCCCUCUUCUUUUUGGUUCAUCCACGAAUUUUCAACUUCCUCUUAGCCCACGAUUUAGCAACUGUUUUUCCCUCUCUGUUUCAGUUUUUUUCAAUCUUAUUUAUAAGAUGGCAAUCACUCGUUCAUCAUCAUCCCCUUCUCCAGUUCUCAAACAGAAAUAAAAAAUGGGCAAGAAAUCGUUGGCCAACAAAUCCAAGGGUAAACGCCCAAUCAAUGAAGAUUUUGAUUCUGAUUUUGAAGCUCCAAUGCCCAAGCGUGUGAGACCCCAUUCUUCGAAGAAAACGAAGCUCAACUUGGAGGAGCACACGGUUCCAGAAAUUUCUGGGAAAAAAACUAUUGCACAUGCUGAAGAUCGGACUCAGGUUUGGGACUGUAAAUUUAGUCCUUCUGAUUUUUACAGAUCUAAGUGUGUAUGCACCAGUGUUUAUUCCGUGAUAGAUAAUAUUAAGAACACUUUAUCUGUUAAUUUGCUUUCUUUGUUUCGUCAAACUCAGUUUGGGCAUUUUCUGGAUAUGCCUGAGUUUGUUUUUCAUCCGCAAGUCGUACAUAGUUUAUUACUAAGGGAAGUUUUACAGCCCAAUCCUAAAGAGUUUUGGGCUAAGGUUGCUGGCCGUUGCAUACGGUUUAGUGCCGAAGAAUUUUACCUGAUUUCUGGUUUAGAUUGUUUCGGUGAUUGCAACAAGUUGUUGUUUUCACAGGAAACAAAUCAAUUGGUAGAAACAUGUUUCCGUGGUGUAAAAACUAUUGACCACAAAGCCAUCGAGGAUGCUUUUUUGGGUAGUCGGUGGGGUUUGGAUGAGUCUAUUGGUUUGAAAAUGGCUGUUUUGUAUUUCAUUCAGUGUUUUCUUCUUAGCAAUACUCCUGACAAAGAAGUGUCUAGGUUUGUUCUAGAUGUAGUUGAUAGCGGUCGGUGGGAUGAGUAUUGUUGGGGUAGGGAAUCAUUUGAAUUGACAAUUGACUCAUUCAAAGGUAGGAUUGAGCAUGGGAUCAUUAUGAAAAAUAGAAAGGCAGAGAAGGGAGGGCAAUAUGAUGGCUGGUAUAGGGCAUUGGGAUGUCCUUGGGUUUUCACGGUUUGGUUUUAUGAAUGCUGUCCUGCAAUGGUGGACUCUUUCUGUAAGAGAGUUUCAUCUUCUAUUCCCAGGAUUCUGAACUGGAGCAACACCAUCGUCACCAAAAAUCCAACCCUUCGAGACUUGAAGGGCAAGAUUUUUGAUUUACCUUUGGAGAAGUUGAAGAUAAAAAACAUGCGUCCUACUGAUGAAGAGAGGCAGCAGCUUCAACUUGACGGUUUAUUUCUCGAUGAAUCUAUUGAUGACCGUGGUGUAGCGAAGCAAUCCUUCGAGGGUGGGUCAUCUUCAAAGAAGUCUGAUUCAGCAGAUAUUGAUUGGAUGAAAUCUAAGCUGGAGAUGCUCAUUUCGAAUCAAUCAUCAUUGGCCGAGGACUUCAUUUCAUUGAGGUGUUUUGUUGAUUUUAAUUUCAAAUCCGUAAUGACUGUAAUUAAGGAUAUCCAGGAGAAGGUUAAUGCCAUUCAUCGUCGUCCUUCUGAUGAGGUAUUUAUUCUUAUUUUAUUGUUUAGGUUUUUUUAUAUUUUUUUUAAAGUUUCUUUACUGUUUUAUUUAAGUUUCAUUUAUGUUGGUUGA